CAGCCAUUUAUUUCCUGUCCUUUUCAUGCUGGAGGGAGGCUGGAUUUAGGAUGAAGGUCUUGGGAGUCACAUGGAGCAAAGUUUUUGAUUGAUGUCCAAAAGCCAUUACUACACUUUUCUCAGGCGCGUAGAGUAGUGCUGAACUUUGACGCCGCUUCUGAAUGCAGCCGAUUGGUAGAUUGUUUUUAAAUUGCGUUCAUUUGUUCUGGUGAACUCGUCCGCUGCUUUUCCCAUCAUGUUUCAAGCCUCCAGUCGGCGUCAAUUCGUUUAAACUUCUCCUCUUGCAGACUUUGAAGACUCUCAAGAAGACCGUCGAAAUGACCGAGGAGAGCAAAGCCGAGCACAGAGCCGAAAGUGGGAAAGAUUUAGAGAAACAGCUCCGUUUGCGAGUUUGUGUUUUGAACGAACUUUUGAAGACCGAACGGGAUUAUGUUGGGACGCUGGAGUUUCUCUCGGUACUUCUUCAUCGCCUCAAUCAGUAUGCUGUGUCUAAAAUUGAUAAGAAUAUCACAGAGGAAACCGUCAAGGUGCUGUUUUCUAACCUGGAAGAGAUCCUGUCUGUGCACAGGGACUUCCUGUCCAUGGUCGAAGAGCUUCUGCAGCCCGACCCCAACCCGUAUCAUGAAGUGGGUCGCUGCUUCCUGCACUUUAGAGGAAGGUUUCAGAUUUACGACGAGUACUGUGGGAAUCAUGAGAAAGCCCAGAGGCUUCUGCUGGAGCUCAAUAAGAUCAGGACAGUACGCACACUUCUGCUGAACUGCAUGUUGCUGGGCGGUAGGAAGAACACAGAGGUUCCUUUGGAGGGAUACUUGGUUGCACCCAUCCAGAGGAUCUGUAAAUAUCCAUUACUCCUGAGAGAGCUGCUGAAAAGAACCCCAAAGAAACACAACGACUACUUGAUGGUGCAGGAGUCGCUGCAGGUGAUGAAAGCCGUUUGCUCCAGUAUCAAUGAGGCCAAAAGGCAGAUGGAGAAGCUGGAGGUGCUGGAAGAGUGGCAGUCUCAUAUCGAGGGCUGGGAGGGCUCCAACAUCACAGACAGCUGUACGGAGAUGCUCAUGCAGGGAGUUCUGCUGAAGAUCUCUGCGGGGAACAUCCAGGAACGCAUCUUCUUCCUCUUUGACAACUUGCUGGUGUACUGUAAGAAGAAGAACAGGCGUUUGAAAAACAGUAAGACGGCCACCGAGGGUCCUCGUUAUCUGUUCCGAGGUCGAAUCAACACAGAGGUCAUGGAGGUGGAGAACGUGGAUGAUGGAACAGCGGAUUACCACAGCAGCGGGAACAUCGUGAACAACGGCUGGAAGAUCCACAACACAGCGAAGAACAAGUGGUUCGUCUGCAUGGCGAAGACGCCGGAGGAGAAGCAGGAGUGGCUGGAGGCCAUUUUAAAAGAGAGAGAAAGACGAAAAACAUUGCGACUGGGCAUGGAGCAGGACACCUGGGUGAUGAUAUCUGAGAAAGGCGAGAAGCUUUAUAACCUCAUGUGUAAACAGGGCCACCUCAUUAAAGACCGCAAGCGCAAACUCACCACCUUCCCCAAGUGCUUCCUUGGAAGUGAGUUUGUGUCUUGGCUGAUGGAGAUCGGAGAGACCAAUAACCCCGAGGAAGGGGUUCAUUUGGGCCAGGCACUUCUGGAAAAUGGCAUCAUCCACCAUGUCACAGACAAGCACCAGUUUAAGCCGGAGCCGAUGCUCUAUAGGUUUCGCUAUGAUGACGGGACAUACCACCCUCGCAGCGACAUGCAGGAUGUCAUCUCCAAGGGUGUGAGGCUGUUCUGCAGACUCCAUAGUUUAUUCACACCGGUGAUCAGGGAUAAGGAUUAUCAUCUACGAACGUAUAAAUCGGUGGUGAUGGCCAACAAGCUGAUAGACUGGUUGAUAGCACAGGGUGACUGCCGAAGCAGAGAAGAGGCUCUGAUCUUGGGGGUGGAGCUGUGUGACAAUGGAUUCAUGCAUCAUGUUUUGGAAAAAAGCGAAUUUAAGGACGAGCCUCUUCUAUUUCGCUUCUUUGCCGACGAAGAGAUGGAGGGUUCCAACACCAAACACAAACCCAUAAAGCACGAUCUAAAAAUAGUGGAGAAUGUCAUCGCCAAGUCGCUGCUGAUAAAGCCAAGUGAAGGAGGCUAUGGCUUCACGCUAGAAGACCGAAACAGAGUGCCCAUCGUCAAAUCGGUGGAGAAAGGUUCUCAUGCUGAGAUGGCCGGUCUGGAAGUGGGGAAAAAAAUCUUUGCUAUUAAUGGGGACCUGGUCUUCUUGAGACCUUUCCAGGAGGUGGAGAACUUCCUAAAGCAGUGCUUCCACAGCAAAGGUCCCAUCAGAGUACUGGUCAGCACCAAACCCAGAGAGACUGUGAAGAUCCCAGAUUCUGCAGACGGUUUGGGCUUUCAGAUCCGGGGGUUUGGGCCAUCUGUGGUGCAUGCGGUUGGCAGAGGCACCGUUGCGGCAGUCGCAGGCCUUCACCCGGGUCAAUGCAUCAUUAAAGUGAAUGGCAUCAAUGUGAGCAAAGAAAGCCACGCCAGUGUCAUCGCCCACGUCACAGCCUGCAGGAAGUACCGGCGUCCCACACAGCAAGACUCAAUUAAAUGGGUGUACAACAACAGUGAGAGUGCACAGGAAGACCACCGGAGAACCAAUCAGAAGCCUGCUGCAGGGGAGAACGGAGAUGUGUUUGAGUGUAAAGUUGAAGAAGUCAUGGACAAGUUCAACACAAUCGCUAUAAUAGAUGGAAAAAAAGAUCACGUGAGCCUGACGGUGGAUAACGUGUAUCUGGAGUACGGUGUCAUGUACGAGUACGACAGCACGGCUGGGAUGAAGUGUCACGUCUUAGAGAAAAUGGUGGAACCAAAAGGCUUUUUCAGCCUCACGGCCAAGAUUUUAGAAGCCUUGGCCAGGAACGAUGAGCAAUUGGUGCAGACUUGCAGUCGACUGAGCUCCAGCACAGAGCUCAUCCCUGAGGACCUGCAGACCAGAUUCAGUGCAAUGUGCGGCGAGAGACUGGAGCAUAUCAAUCGAAGAAUCACCAAUUACAGGAAGUUUUCACGGGUUUUGAAGAACAGAGCCUGGCCCACGUUCAAGCAGGCAAAGACCAAGGUUUCCCCUCUACACAGCAGUGACUUCUGCCCCACUAACUGUCACAUCAACGUAAUUGAGGUGUCUUAUCCCAAGACCACUACUUCCCUUGGUAGUGCCUUUGGAGUUCAGCUGGACAACAGGAAGAACACUCUAGAGAAAGGAGGCCGCAAUUCAGAGCAGGGCAAACUGAACCCCAUGGUUUACGUCCAGCAUAGUAUCACGAGCAUGGCCGCUCCAUCAGGACACAGUCUGAGCAGGGCAGAAGGUCACGGUCUGCGCUUCCUGCUCCGAGAGGACGACCUGCUCAUCCUGGACGCGUACCACAAACUUCUGACCAAACUCACCACUGUUGUCAAAGAGAUGGAGUGCUACGCCGCCCAGAUUCAUGAUUUGCUCUCUUCUAUUACACAUCCCACAGGGUCUGAAGGGAAGCCCACAGAGAGCUACAUUUCAGCUGAGAGUGAGAGUGAGAAAAGUGAACGCAAUGGGAAGAAAGUGUGUUUUAAUGUGACCGGAGAUGAGCAGGAGGACUCGGGUCACGACACCAUCAGCAACAGGGACUCCUAUAGUGAUUGCAACAGCAACAGGAACUCCAUAGCGUCGUUCACCAGCAUCUGCAGCAGUCACUGCAGCUCUUACGUUCACAGCGACGAGAUGGACUCAGGUGACGAGAUGCCAACCAGUGUAUGGAUAUCUCAUGACAAGCAGAAGAAGCUACACGGCUUCCUGGAGCAUCUGUUCAGUCAGGUGGAGUCCAUCACCAGUUUGUUGAAAGGGGCAACUGUGACUCGAGCCUUUGAACAGACCAAGUGUUUCACUCCGGGACGGGGACUUCAAGAGUUUCACCAGGACAUGGAGCCCAAGCUCAACUGCACCAAGAAACUGCGGCUCCACGUCAAGCAGGAUCCGUGGAACCUGCCCAGCAGCGUUCAGACUCUCACACACACCAUCGGCAGAUUUGCGGAAGAGGUGAAAACGCGCCUAUUGUUGGUCCUGCUUCAAUACACAGACUCGGAGAUUCAGUUGAGGAGAGAUAUGGUGUUCAGCCAGAGUCUGGUGGCGGCGGUUUGUUCUUUCUCUGAGCAGUUGUUGGCUGUGCUAAAUCAAGCUCUCAGCGCUGAGAGUGAAAGUCAGGAAGCCAGUUGCCGCUGGCUGGAGCAGAUCUCCUCCGCUGGUCUUCUGUUGCAUUUCCAGUCCCUGCUCUCUCCCAACUUGACGGAUGAGCAGGCCAUGCUAGAAGACACACAAGUUGCUCUCAUAGACCUGGAGAAGGUCACCUUUUAUUUCCGGCAGUUUGAAGGAGAGCCUCUUGUUGCUAACAUGCCCAUCUCAUACCAAGUUGAGGGCACACGACAGGCUUUGAAGGUCUGUUUUUACCUGGAGGCAUUCUACUUCCAGCAGUUACCCCAGAGACUAAGACACGGUGGUAGCUUCAAAAUCUACCCCGUCCUCUUCACCCAGGCCUUGGAGAGCAUGGAGGGAUAUUAUUACCGAGAAAAUGUGUCAGUGGAAGAGUAUCAGGCCCAAAUCAAUGCUGGAUCUCUGGAGAAGGUCAAGCAGUACUACAAGAGACUCCGGGCCUUUUAUCUGGAUAAAUCAAACCUUCCCCCGAGCUCGGCUCCAAAAGCAGCCUUCAUAGACAAGCUGAUGCGUCCUCUGAAUGCUCUGGAUGAGUUGUACAGACUGAUGGAAAGUUUUAUCUCGUGUCGGCGGACGGCCGCGUGCCAGUUCACAGCCUGUGGAGCGUCUGGAGUUGGGCUGCUCACCGUGGCCUCGGAGCUGUGCAGCCGCUUGGGAGCUUGUCACAUCGUCAUGUGUAACAGCGGAGUACACCGUUGUACUCUGAGUGUCACGCUGGAACAGGCCAUUCUUCUGGCCCGAAAUCACGGUUUGCCCCCACGAUGCAUCAUGCAGGCCACUGACGUCAUGAGGAAGCAGGGAGCAAGAGUGCAGAAUUCAGCCAAGAACCUGGGAGUGAGAGACCGCACCCCAUCAACAGUGCCAAGAUUGUACAAACUGUGCCAGCCUCCACCUCCUGACGGUGACCCCUGAACCCUGGUCUUCAGCAGAUACGGGCCGUCUUUGGUCCAUCUCCAGACGACACACACACACACACACACACACACACACACACACACACACACACUCCUCACUCCUGCUCGGAGGCAGAUCUGUCACCUCUCGACUCAAAGGAUUCACAGCAUAAUAUCUAUUGACUUUUUGUCAUAGCUUUUUAAAGGCACCCUUAUUUUUUUAUUUCACGCUCCGCUACGGCGCUUCUUAUUCUAGAUCAAACAAACAGGAUGUAUGAUCUCCCGGCCGCCGUCAAGUCAUUCACAAAAACAGAGUAUCAAUCGCGAUGUCUGUUUCAAAUAAUGUCAUUCGUCGUGUAAAAAGAAAUAUGUAUGUUAAAGCGUAACUUUUGUUCAUAGUUCAUAUUUGGGCAUAGCAUCCAAAAGCAUCAUUUCAACCGUAUGUGCAUUUUUUCACUUCAUCUAUUGUCAUAUAAAUCUUUAAUAUGUAUAGGUUUGGCUUCCACAUUAUUAGGUUUCUCAACUUAGAGUUUAUUAACACCAUAGUGCAUUAAGCUACAUGUUGCAGCCUUGGUGCUGCAGUCUCAGUGAAUACGGAGUGACAUACAGUACUGGAAAGUUCAUACGACACGGUCAUCAGUGUUAUAGAUUUAUAUAUUUGUCACACUUACGUCAUUUAAAAGGAAAUCAGCACUCAGGAGUUGUCGUUACGUGUUAUAUUAAUGUUGCUUAAAAUAACAAAUUAAUCGAUCAUCACUAUGCAAUACCGAGAAACCGCUCUAAACGGGAAUCGUUUAUUAACUCCAAGCUCCAUUAAGUUCCAUUUGGAGAAAUGAAAAUAUUUUAUACAUUGCAUCUGUCUGAAUGAAUACGCUCUCGAUAAAAGCAGCCAGAAGGGAACACGCAUUCGUGUGAAAAUGUUACUGUAAAAUAAGUUUUCACUUAAAAAAGACAAUUAUUUAUUUUGUCAUUAAACUAACCCAUUUUUGAGAUUUUCCAAAUACAUUUAUCUUUUUUCCCGCCCUGUUAUUACAAUAAACUGUAAUGUCAAAUUGUAAUUAAUUUCAAAUAAAAAUGUUUAAGAGAAAACGUGUAUAAAAGGCUGUGUGGCUAAAUAUUUAUGCAAAAGACUUUACCGGUGAUUUUGAUUUGGGUUUGUGCUGCAAAUCUGUCACAGAUCUCUCCAGUGAAUGUAUUUAGUCUGUGUUUGACAGUGUGCAUGUGCUGAGUGCACACAAACUCCCAGCUGCUUCAUGUGCUGUGCUGUCAUCCAUCAAAUGUGCAGCUGGUAUCGGACCAGUUAAAGUCUUCAGGAAUCUCACUAAUGGCCUCUGUAUGUAGGCAACUGUCUUUGACAAACAUUGUUUACCUGUCAUCAUUUCCCUGAGCUCAUUGUCACUUGCCGUUUUUGCAAAUGGUUUCCAGAUGUUCUGUAAUAACUUAGUGCCACCAAUAUAGUAAUAAACCAGUGGUGGCUAUGUUUUAGUUAGGAAAAGAAAGAGAAAACAAUUAUAUUUUAAA